AUGCUUCUGGCCCAGGUGGCGCAGAACAAUUUCCGCCUGCGCAGGAGUUAUAUUGAGAUUUUCAACUAUGUUCGUAAUAAACGAGUGACGCCGACGCCGAGAUCGCAUGUUCCCACCGUCUCUUGCCGGAGAGCCUUUCAUGCGGCCUCCUGUUUUCGUGAGGAAGCGCAAAGCUCCUCAGCCCUUUUGAAGACCCUGGAACAGUACAAGGAAUCGGUUGCAUUCCCCCCUGCCACCUAUGACUUUGAAACCUUUCUCUCUAAAGCCAGCCCUGGACAAGAUGUGAUUCUCCACGGUUAUCUCGGGCCUCGGAAUGAUAUUUCCAAAAAGCUAUCCUUCGUCCGCUUGCAGGAUCCGACCAUGAAACAUAGCAUACAGAUCGUCUCCAUGUCCCACAAUGAAUCAUUUGAGAAGCUUAGGGGUCUCAGGCCGAAUAGUCCUGUGGUGAUAAAGGGGACAGUUCAAGCUAAAAAGGCAAAGAAUCCAGAGAUGCAGAAGCGCGACCCCUGGGAGAUCUCCCUGGAUGAUAUCCACCUUCUCAAUGACUUUCCGUCAGACAUAUGGAUGGCCCCGGACAUGGUACACCCCCCUAAACAUAGGCAUUUACAGCUCCGAACGAGCAGUGAGCUGCGUGAUGCUCUCCAAUUCCGAGCCCGGGUUCGAAAUGUCUGCAAGGAAGAGCUUGAACAAAACCAGCCCCCGUUUCUGGAAAUUGAAACCCCUCUGCUGUUCAAGUCUACGCCGGAAGGUGCUCGAGAAUUUCUAGUGCCAACUCGGAAGCGCGGGUUAGCCUACGCACUUCCUCAAAGCCCACAGCAGUAUAAGCAGAUACUCAUGGCCAGCGGAAUCCCCCGCUACUAUCAGUUUGCACGUUGCUUCCGCGACGAGGAUCUUCGUGCAGAUCGACAGCCAGAGUUUACCCAACUUGAUCUAGAAAUGUCCUUUGCUACAGGCGAGGAUGUCAGGCGAGUAGUUGAAGGCAUUAUCGGCCGGCUCUGGUCAACUCUAAUGGAUACCCAUGCUCCAAAGGAGCCAUUCCGAAAACUAUCCUACCAGGAUGCCAUGAGUCGCUAUGGGUCAGACAAGCCGGAUACCAGAUUCGGAAUGGAGAUACAUCAAAUUGAGAAUCUCCUCCCAGUUGACCUCGUAAACAAAAUCUCUCCUCUAACGGACCCAAUUGUAGAGAUUUUCAAACUGGAAGCCAGUGAGAAUGACCCAGAUGUCACCUUGCGAUUCAUCUCCGAGUUUCUUGAUUCUCCAGCCGGGGCACCCUUUAACAAUAACCCAGACGGUGGGCCUGGAAUCUUCGUCUACGAUGCAAAAAAGCCGUUGUCUGGACUGCAGCCAUUUGGCUUCCAAGCUGCAGAGUACGUGGAGGAUCUGCUGAAACCCGAUCAUGGUGAUUUGAUCGUAAUUCAAGCCCGUAAAUCAGGGCCUUUCGCUGGUGGAUCCACGCCAAUAGGCGACCUCCGUCGGGCUCUUCACUCCGCCGCUGUCGAGUCUGGACUCAGGCCUGCGCCAACCGGAUUCGACUUCCUCUGGGUUGUCGACUUCCCUCUCUUUUCCCCCACCACCGAAUCGGAGCCGGGCCAAGGCGGUGCAGCUGGGAUCAGUUCUACCCACCAUCCCUUCACCGCACCAAAGACAGCCGCAGACGUAGAUCUACUUCUCACGAACCCCACCCAAGUUGUCGCAGAUCACUACGACUUGGUAGUGAACGGCGUGGAGCUUGGUGGCGGUAGUCGGCGUAUCCAUGAUGCCGCCGUGCAGGAGUUUAUUCUCCGAGACGUUCUCCAGAUGCCGGCAGAGCGACUGUCCGAAUUUUCGCAUCUCCUGGAGGCCCUUCGUGCGGGAUGCCCGCCGCAUGCAGGCCUAGCUUUGGGAUUUGAUCGUUUAGUUGCCAUGAUGCUUGGAAAGGAGUCUGUCCGGGACGUCAUUGCCUUCCCGAAAACAGGCAAACUCGGAGAAGAUCCCAUGGUGAAAGCUCCGGGCUUAAUAACCCAGGAAGCACUGGAAACAUAUCAUCUCCGUUUGACUGAGGAGUAG